AUAAUGAGUUAUUUUACUUUUGUAUGAUAUUCAGCACAUUUCAGCACUCUCUAUCUGAUAAACGCUUAAGAUGUUUCGCAGCAGCACUAACGAUACGGUUGACAGCUCAGAGCCAGGUCGCAGCUCGCUUUCUCCGUCGUCCGAUGCACCAGGCCCAGCUCCGCCGGGGUCCUGGAGUUCGCUGUCCCCCGUGAAGCGGUGCGCCCGGUCGGGAGGAGGCCCCGGCCAAGUGGGCAGCACACGCAGCGACCCUUCAUCUUCAUCAGAGAGGUCAAGGGUAGCGCCCACCUCCACUACAGCACCUUCCAGAGACGAUUCUUCUGUUGUAGGCAGAAUCUCUAACCUAGGGUGGGCACGCGUGCCAAACCUCGCCUCGGGUAACAGCAGCUCCUCCGUUUGGGGUGCAGGGACACCCCAGCUGCGCAGGACCCCGCUGUCGUCUGGGGCUUGCAGAAGCUCGUCUGGUCACCACUCUCGCACUCCCCAGAUGGAGCGCACCAUGACAACUUGUUCAUCUGUUUCCUCUGCUUCCGUCGCCUCGGUGAUCGUGGCAGUGGUGGAGGGGCGGGGUCUUGCCCGGGGUGAGAUCGGCAUGGCCAGUAUUGACCUAACAUGCCCCGAGCUCGUACUUUCUCAAUUCUCUGACACUGGCACAUAUGCUAAGAUCUUAACAAAACUCCACAUCUUAACCCCAUUGGAAAUAUUAAUGCCAGACACUGCAAGUGAAAAGGGCAAAGGAACAAAGCUCUUCAGACUCGUCACAGAGAACCUCCAGAAUAUUUCCAUCACUGCUGUUCAGAGGAAGUAUUUCAAUGAGGGGAAAGGACUGGAAUACAUCCAGCAGCUUUCUGCACCCGAGUUCAGCACGGUCCUUAUGGAGGUGCAAGCUAAAUACUACUGCCUGGCUGCAGCAGCAGCUUUGCUGAAAUACUUUGAAUUUAUGCAGAACGCGGUAUAUGCCCCAAAAUCCCUGAAAGUGAGUUUCAAAGGGAGCGAGCAGACAGCUAUGAUUGACUCUUCUUCUGCCCGUAAUUUGGAGCUGGUGGUGAACAACAGGGAUCCCAGGAGUGAGCACACUCUGCUGGGGGUCCUAAAUUAUACCAAAACUGCUGGGGGGGCUCGCAGACUGCGCUCCAACAUCUUGGAGCCCCUGGUGGACGCCAACACUAUCAACAUGCGCCUGGAUGCUGUGCAGGAGUUGCUGCAGGACGAAGAGCUCUUCUUUGGUUUAAAGAAUGCAAUUGGACGCUUUCUAGAUAUAGACCAGCUGCUCUCUGUUCUAGUGCAGAUCCCUAAGCAGGAAACGGUUCAGCUGUCCGAGGCGAAGAUCAUGCACGUUAUUCACCUGAAACACACACUUGAGCUGGUGUCACCUCUGAAGGCAGUGCUACAGAACUGUCAAACUGUCCUGCUGAAAGCGUACUGUAACUCUCUGGACGACAGCAGAUUUGAUAUUAUCCUAGAACAGAUAAAAACUGUGAUAAAUGAUGAUACCACUUACAUGAAAGGAAAUCUCAACAUGCGAACACAGAAGUGCUACGCAGUGCGUCCCAACAUCAAUGAGUUCUUGGAUAUCGCUCGACGUGCUUACACUGAAAUUGUGGAUGACAUUGCAGGAAUGGUCACCCAGCUGGGGGAGAAAUAUGAUUUGCCUUUGAGAACUAGCUUCAGCACAACAAGGGGGUUCUUUAUUCAGCUGAAACUGGAUGGAGUGGUACUGCCAAAUGGACAGCUUCCCUCUGAGUUUAUAAAGGUCACUAAAUUUAAGAAUAACUACAGCUUCACAACAGCAGACCUGAUAAAAAUGAACGACAGAUGUGAUGAAGCUCUGAGGGAGAUUUUCCACAUGUCCUAUGUGGUGGUAUGUCAGCUGCUCAGCACUGUUCAUGAGCAUGUACACUGCCUUUACAAGCUGUCUGAUGCAGUUUCCAUGCUAGACAUGCUGCUGUCCUUGGCAAAUACUUGCACUAUCUCUGACUAUGUGCGCCCUGAAUUCACAGACACUUUAGCAAUCAAGCAGGGACGACACCCCAUCCUAGAAAGGAUCUCAGGGCAGCAGCCCAUCUCCAACAGCAGCUACAUCUCCGAGGGCAGCAACUUCAUCCUCAUCACUGGCCCCAACAUGAGUGGCAAGUCCACUUAUCUCAAGCAGGUGGCACUCUGCCAGAUCAUGGCACAAAUAGGCUCCUUUAUUCCUGCAGAGUAUGCCUCUUUCCGAAUUGCAGACCAGAUUUUCACCAGGAUUGGGGUGGAUGAUGACUUUGAAACAAGUUCAUCCACCUUUAUGUUGGAAAUGAAGGAGCUAGCUUACAUUAUACAUAAUGUGAGCCACAAGUCUCUCAUCAUUAUAGAUGAGCUGGGAAGAGGUACCAGUGCCGAGGAAGGUGUUGGCAUUUGUCAUGCAGUCUGUGAAUUUCUACUCAAAUUUAGGGCAUUCACCAUAUUUGCUACGCAUUUCCUGGAGCUCUGCCAACUGGAGACACUCUAUCCCAACGUGGAGAAUCUCCACAUGGAGGUUCAGCACACCCGCAGCUCCGACAACACUGAGAAAGUCACCUACACCUACCUGCUCAACCGGGGCUGCUCUGAGGAGAGAAACUAUGGACUGAAGGCUGCAGAGAUCACAGCCUUAUCACCUUCCAUAAUACAUGAGGCAAAAGAGAUUACCUCUCAUAUCAGCAAACAGCUAUGGGCAAAGAAACACAGUGACCCGGAGACGCAAAAACAGCGUGCAGUGUAUCACCUGGCAACACGCCUCCUGCAGACUGCGAGGAACUCCUGCCUGGACCCUGACAGCCUCCGCAUCUACCUCAAGGGUCUGAAGAAACACUAUCAGUCAGAGAUCCAGGCUGCCCAAGAGUCUGUGUCUAUGAACACAGAGGAGUGACCACACAGGUGUUGGGAAAGUACACGAGACAUCUGUCUGGGCACAUCAAUAAGAGUGCUCUGUCAUUGACAUUGGGCAUUAAAUCAACAGGCAUGGUGUUCAGACCAAGCUGUUGCUCAAACGGGAUUUUUAACAUUUUAUCUAUUACUUGCAAGGAACCUUCCUAUGAAUUAGUUGGCUGAUUGCUAUGGUCUCCUGGCAGAAACACUAAUUUGGAUCGAGUACGGGCUUGAUUGAGUUUCUAUUGUAUUUUUAUGUACAAAGCAUUAGGAUACUGCCUCCUUUGUGAAUAUCAUCAACAAUAUGUCAUCAAAAGCUCAUUGAGGUUAAUGAGGCAAAACGCCGGGAAUUUGUGCAUUUUUUUCUGUGAACGUAAGAUCUUAACUCUUGCAUUUUCAAGGAAAGUAAAUUGGAAGUUUGUAAAAUAAAUAUAUAAAAUAAACUGAAUAUGGGUUCUCUUUAAAAGAAAGAUCCAGGGCACCCUUUUUCUGUAGUUCAAAUUAAAAGUGUUUCUGAAAGAUCCACACGGGUUUAGGUAAAAUGGAAGGACUUCCCAGACUCAGUACCUACCAGAUUCAGAAGCAAGUACCUUUAUCUAUAAUCACUCAGCAUUCUUCUGAUCCUGUAAAGCAGGGCUUGCCUUGUCUGAUCCUUGUGAUCACCCCAGAUACCUGACAAUCUGCAUUCAAGUUGAGUUCACAGUCAAUACAACAGUUUAUUCAGCUAAUAAGUGGCAAAUUUAGAAACUUCAUAAAUAGUUCUUAUCUGUUUGAAAGUUAGAGGCUUUACAUAUAAAAUAUAGUUGUUCAAAUGAAUCAGUCAGCAUGUAAAACAGCUGAAAAUAAUUAGUUCAGAUUAAUCAUAUUAGUUCAAUUAUGAAACAGAGCUCAUCUGGAACAAAAACCAGCAGGUGUGAAGAGAACUGGGUAACCACUGGUGUGUGUGUGUAUAUAUAUAUUGAGAUAUUACCUAAUAUUACCUAAAAGAAACAUGCUACGUUAAAAAUAAAGGUGAUGUGUGUGCUCUGAUUCUCAGAUUUCCUGAUUAAGAACACUUUCACUAUGUACAGGGAUAAGACAAAAUGCUCUCAUGUUGUAAUCUGAUUUCCGAGAAUUUUUUUAUGUACUCGGAAAAAGGGGGCUGGACGAAUCUUUCACACAAGUAUAGAUUUCCUUAGAUGUGAAUUCCUGUUUGGCCUUUUGAUUUUCCGGAGUUUGCUUAUCUUUCUGGUUUGUAUUAGUAGGUUGUGUUCUUGAAACUGCGUUUUUAUGAAGCAUUCUUUGUUGAAAAGAUUGCAUUAUGCUGUGUACCUUGGUUCAAAGUCUCAUCAGAAGCGUGACAUCACCUACACAGAAUAUACUGGCUCAUAGGGGAGAGUGACACCUACUGCUCUACCAACCCCACUUACAGUGCCAGCAAACCACACUUACACGUCUCCAAACCCAGAAC